AUGCACAAGAUUUUCCUUUUCCCCUCUAGUGUUUUGGCUAUGCUAGAGAAGGCUCAUUCGAUGGACUUUGACGACACAUGGCAUCCCGCGACCCACCCCUCUGGAGCAGUACUACCUGCCCUCCUGGCUAUAAGCGACAUGUUCCACAACGACAGCAAACCAAGUGGGCUUGACUUUCUAACCGCCUUCAAUGUGGGCAUCGAAAUCCAAGGUUGGCUGAUGAGAUUCUCCAACGAGGCUCACAACAUCCCUAAGAGGUUUCAUCCUCCCAGCGUGGUGGGCACUAUGGGCAGCGCAGCGGCCUGUGCUCGCCUCCUCUCUCUGGAUCGCAAUCAGUGCAGUAAUGCCUUGGCCAUCGCUGCAUCUUUGGCAGGUGCACCAAUGGCUAAUGCAGCAACGCAGUCCAAACCUCUCCACAUCGGUAACGCCUCGCGCCUGGGUCUCGAAGCAGCCCUGCUGGCGUCCCGUGGGUUGGAGGCAAGUCCUCUAGUCCUGGAUGCAGUACCCGGGGUCGCCGGAUUCAGUGCAUUCUACGAAGACUACGCACCGAACCCCAUCACUUCCCUGGAGGAGCAUGAGCACAGCUUCCUCAUAGAGACGCAAGACAUUGCGUUCAAGCGCUUUCCCGCACACCUCGGCAUGCACUGGAUCGCCGAUGCCGCCGCCGUUGUGCACAAGACCCUGGCUGGUCUAAAAGGAGGCAGCAUUUCUCCAAACCAGGUGCAGGAAAUCCUGCUUCGGGUGCCGCUGUCCAAGUACAUCAACCGCCCAUUCCCGGAGACAGAGCACCAGGCACGCCACUCCUUCCAGUUCAAUGCCUGCACCGCUCUGCUAGAUGGAGAAGUCACGGUGCAGUCCUUCCAUCCGGAGGCCCUCCAGCGGCCCGAGCUCCUCGCGCUCCUCUCCCGUGUCCGUGUGGAGCACCCCCACGACAACCCAGCCAAUUUCAAUAUCAUGUACGGUGAGGUGGAGGUCACCUUGGUAAGUGGAGACGUCCUGCGAGGGCGCUGUGACACCUUCUAUGGUCACUGGAGGAACCCACUUAGCCAGGAAAGCCUUCAGAAGAAGUUCCGCAGCAAUGCAGGCGCAGUUCUGUCCAACGAGAGGGUGGAGAGGCUGAUCGAAGCGGUCGAAGGCCUGGACCAUUUAGAUGACUGUAAACCACUGCUGGCUCAGCUGCAGUAAACAGCAUGCUGCUUUAUU